AUAAGAUUCAAUAUUGACCAAAUAAGUUUUUAUAGGCAUCCACGUGGGCUUGGACCCAGUCCAGAGCUCUGGGGCUGGGUGCUAAGCAACGCUGUCAAGCCCGUUGUUAUAAAGGAGCGGAGUUGUAAAGCCACUCUUCACUGCGAGCAGAUCUGCUGUAAUAGAGUUAGUGCGUGAGAAGCAGGUAUACGGUUAUUAACUCUGCGGGGAGGAGUGAGCCCGUAUACUGCGCGUCAGUCCACGCCUCCAGACGAUCUGCUAGGAAGCCUGCAAGCUUGCAGUCUCUCUUCAAUAAAUGUACAAAAUACACACUAUGUAUAUAUAUUUUUAAGAAAGUUACUAUUCUCCAAAGGACUUCUAUGACAGCAGAAGUCAGUCAAGAUGAAUCGACCGGUCAAGACUGCUGUAAAUGUAAUACCGGAGGACAAUGACAUAAGAAAUGCACGAGAAUUAGUUUCCAGUGUCUAUGCAACGUGCACCAGCGCGUAAAUGGGGGCGUCACAGGAGUCUGAAGAGACCUUUCAGAUGUUCUGCGAGAACUCCACCAACGCAACUUUGCCCAUCCAUAUUUCAGUACCCCUAACAAUAUCCGUGGGAAUGCUUAUUCUCUUGAUAUUAUUUGGCAAUGUUCUUGUUAUAAUAGCAGUAUUUACUAGCCGGGCCUUAAGGGCUCCUCAGAACUUGUUUUUGGUAUCUCUUGCAUCGGCAGACAUCCUGGUGGCUACUUUAGUCAUGCCCUUCUCGCUGGCUUAUGAGCUCAUGGGCAGCUGGUACUUCGGAAAAGUUUGGUGCAAAAUUUACCAGGCCCUGGACGUUCUCUUUUGCACGGCGUCUAUCGCCCACCUUUGCGCUAUUAGUCUGGACAGGUACUGGUCAAUAACCAAAGCCAUUAAGUACAACCUGAAGCGUACCCCCAGACGGAUAAAGUGCAUCAUUCUCAUUGUUUGGAUAAUCUCCGUAAUUAUAAGUUUGCCUGCUUUGAUUAUGCACAAGGAGUUUGGCGUCGACGGCGAGCAAUGUCAUAUCAGCCAGGAAAAGUGGUACAUGAUCUCUUCCAGCAUCGGCUCAUUCUUUGUACCUUGCAUGAUUAUGGUUCCGGUUUACAUUCGCAUUUACCAGAUUGCCAAAAAAAGAACCAGAGUCCCUCCACGGAAAAGCAAAAAGAGUGACCAGAAGCAGGACGACCCAGACGAAAAAUUACACCGGGAGAAGGAAGCAGAGGGAGACGAGAAAAACAAUAAGGGUGAAAUCAAUGGGAUUGACAUGGAAGAGUCGUCGUCUUCUGACCACGACGUUAAAAAUCCCUGUUCGGCGAAGAAAGGAAAAGGUAAAAACAAACUGAGCCGAAUCAAACCGGGAGAUGCCAUCAUUAAAAAAGCCGACCGGCAGAAUACCAACGGCAGCAGGUGGAAAGGACGCCAGAACAGGGAGAAAAGGUUUACAUUCGUGCUGGCGGUGGUGGUGGGAGUGUUUGUCAUCUGCUGGUUUCCCUUCUUUUUCACAUACACGCUGCUUGCCGUAUGUACGACCUGCUGCGUUCCCGAGAAGCUCUUCAAAUUCUUCUUUUGGUUCGGCUACUGCAACAGUUCACUGAAUCCAAUGAUAUACACUAUAUUUAACAACGACUUUAGGAGGGCUUUUAAAAAGAUUCUGUGUAAAGGUGAGAAGAAGCGGAUUGUUUGAUACGCACGUGUUUUUUUGCUCCAUUCUAUUUCGCUAUGAAUGAUGCAUUUCAAUUCACGCACUAUGUCAGGUACCGUCUUAUAAUACGCAUACAUGUACUGACAGGUCAUUUUUAUUUGCAAUAAGCCCGUUUAACAAUUGCGGCUAGUUUGUAUAAAUUAUGUAACAUAUGUGUCUAAAAUGUUCAUUUUAAAUGUACGUGAAUAAUAUGCGCGUUUUAUUGGCCGUGUGCUAUGUUGCGGGCUCAACUUACGUAUAUCAAAAUGUUUCAAAUAUAUUUCUGUUUAUAAAUGUUUAUCUCCUUAACUAUAAGUUUUUAUACAUUUGUUUUAAUUGGUAUUGGUGUGGUGUUUCGUUUUAUAUGAAUAUUCUGUUGUAACAGGGACACUUGAAGGUAAAUAAAUAUUUCAACAAGU